UGUCGUUGAAGUCGGACGGAGAAAGAAGAUAGGCGGUGGCUGAAUUAUAUCACAAACCCGGCGUUAUUUUUUACUUAACCAGGGCCGAACAGUUAGUUACAUGAGUACAUGGACUGCCUGCUAAUCAAUGGUUAUGGUAUUGAUAAGGCUGAUGUAGGUUUCACCCGGUCGCUUAGCUCAAAGAUGGACGACAAAGCGGCAAGGGAAGAUGCCUGCCGAGAGUAUCAGUCCUCGCUGGAAGACCUGACAUACAACAGCAAGCCACACAUCAACAUGCUGACCAUUCUGGCCGAGGAAAACCUCAACUUCGCCAAGGAUAUCGUCGCAAUUAUUGAAGCGCAAAUAACUAAGGCCCCAUCUGCCGAGAAGCUUCCAGUUUUGUACUUAGUGGAUUCCAUAGUGAAGAAUGUUGGAGGAGAAUACCUUGCAGUGUUUGCUAAAAACCUAAUCACUUCAUUUAUAUGUGUCUUUGAAAAGGUGGAUGAAAACACUAGAAAGAGUCUGUUCAAGUUACGAUCAACGUGGGACGAUGUGUUUCCUCUGAAGAAACUGUAUGCGCUGGACGUCCGGGUCAACUCUGUGGACCCGGCCUGGCCCAUCAAGCCGCUGCCACCCACCGUCAAUGCCAGCAUUCAUGUCAACCCCAAGUUUUUAAAACAGUCUGAGGAGGCAUCCUCUCCGCAGCCUGUCCCUGCCCCCACGCCACCCCCGCCGCCACCACCACCAGCAGCAGCAGCAGCCGCAGCAGCGCCCGCUCCCACUCCCUCUCCCUCUCCCACUCCCACUCCCCAGCCGGCCCCUGCUGUCAGCCAGUACAGCCUGACUCAGGAGCAGCUGAUUCGGCAACAGCUGCUGGCCAAACAGAAACAGCUUCUGGAGCUUCAGCAGAAGAAGAUCGAGCUGGAACUGGAGCAGACUAAAGCUCAGCUGGCUGGUGCAUUUGUGUUACCAACAUCGACUCCGGUCUCGACUUCAGCAUCACCAAGCACGGUGCCAAAGCCCGUCAGCCAAACUGCUCCUGUUGUCCGACCCUGGAUCCCUCCCCAGACUCAGACAGACACCAAGCCAUCCACCAGAGACCCCCGUCUGAACCGCACUGGCCCCCCAGCUGCCUCCCAGUCCAAAGAGCAGGCUGCUGGGAAGAAGGCAGACACAACCACAACAGGAAGUCCUGCUGUGACACCUGAGAAACCCACCCGUCCAGACAAGGCCAGGAGCCUGAAGAAAGAAGUAACAGAGGAAAAGCCCAAGUCCAAGUCUCCAUCUCCAAUGGCCAGAAGUGUUCAGAGUAAAAAACAGGUGGAGUCUGAAAUUCAGAAGUCAGCCGACGGAACCAAGAAAGAUCCUAGGUUGAGGAAACGCACACAGGACAAGACCGGAGAGGCCAAAGACGAUGAGCUGAAGGAGAAGAAAAGAUGCACAGACAAGAAGGAGAGGGAGGAGGCUGCACGAAGCGAGCCUCAGCGGUUCACCAAAGGGAAGCUGGUAAAUGGCUCAGUGACCAAACAUGAUCACGUGGAGUCCACAGAAAAGGUUGAGUUCAAGACUGGAGGCAACGCUCGAACACAUGCCAGGAAACGCACGCGAUCGCGGUCCAGGUCGCGUUCCCCCGCUGCCUCGCCAAAGAGGAAGGACAGGCGGUCGCCCAAGACAAGAGCUAGGAGCAGCUCCUUGUCUCCAUCACCCUCUCACAAACUGGGCAAACCCAGAAGGAUUCGCGGAGACGAACCAGAACACAGCAAGCCCAGCCGAGAGGACCGGCUUGCGCCCAAAAAGAACCAGUCAGAGAGCAGGCGGUCUAAGAGACCACAGGAAGACCGGCACUCUGAAUCCAGAGACUCUCAUUCCCCACGAAGCCACGAUGGAGGUGGCAAGGAGACCAAGGAUGCUACUCACCGCUGGAGGAGUGGCUGGGAGGAGAACAAACAUCUGAAGCUACAGGAGGACUCUCAUGUGAAGACUGGACCUCCGAGACACAAACAGUACAGCACCCCGACUCGCCCCACCACCCCCCGAACCCCAAAACAUCGCCUCAGUGUGGAUGCCAACCUGCAGAUACCUGAAGUCCUCAACUCUGCCUCCAAGAAGGACCUGCUCAGGAGGGCCAGUAAACGUCUUGAGAGUGGGGAGAUUUCCCAGGAGGACUUCCUGAACAUGGCCCACCAGAUAAAACAUUUCUUCCAGUAUCAGGAGGAGAAACAGCAGCACUCUGAGAGCUGGGACGAGUCCGGCAAAUUUUCCAAGAAACAGCCGCUGCUCACCACACCCCCCUCCACCCAGCCCCGCCCUCGUGAUGGCAUGGAUGCAGCGGAGCUGUCCUACUACGAGCACAAAUCCAAGCUAAGGAAGACUCAGGUCACCCAUCGAGCCACCGGAGAGGAGUGGGAGGGUGAGGAUAGUCCAGAAGAGUGCGACGGAGCCGUACCGGGUGAGAAGACUGGCAAUAGCCGGAGCAUUGGUCACCCGCCUUCUCAUAAAUACAGCCGGGCGCCACGGGACAGGCAAGGUGAAAGGCGGCGUAAAGAGCGUGAGGAGCCCCGGCCUCCACUUGGCCCCAUGAUUGAGGAGUAUAACCACGGCAAAGAGUUCCCCACUCUGAAAUCUCUACCAGGCCUUCGGUUUAGGAGGAGAGCUGACCCCGGAGAGUCGAAGAGGUCAGAGGUCAGGUUCUGGAGCUGCGGGGUGUCAGGGUCUCGAUCAGUGAUACUUCAGCAGGGUGAAAGAGAGUGGAAUUCUCCACUGACAGAGCGUCAACGUUACGAUGAGCGUGAGGAGCAGAAGAGUGGCUACGAUGCUCCACGGAGGUAUGGCCCACCUGCCGACUCCAGACACCCCGAUCCGCGAAGGCCAGAGGGACCCCCACCAACUGGCACCGUAGUUCACAGGAACUGUCCGAGCCCAGCUGGUCUGGACCCACUGGCCCCCAGGUUCGAGCGUGAGCGCCUCUCGCCUCUACACCAGAAAGAGUCAGCAGAGGUGAGCCCAAUCCCGCGCUUCGAGAGCCCCAACAGUGAGCACUCUGACGACGGGCCUCUCAAUCUGGAUGCCCCUCCUCCUCACCCUCAUCCUCCCCCUCCCCCCAAAUCCAUCCUUAAGGCACCAGCACGCGGUGGACCACUGUCCUCUGUCCGACAGCACAGCAACUCCCCUGGACACACGCCACCUCAUGAGGGAGGACACCACACCUCCCGGUAUGACGGGCCCGGACACAUGGGCCCCUCCAGACCACACCCUCCAGGGUGGUAUGAAGGUGGUGGCUCUGGACGCUACGAUGACUCUGCCCAGUUUGACGGACCUCACCACCAGGGUCCUGGCAGGUUUGACGGCGGUGGGCCACCUCAUCACAACAUGCCAGAGAGGUUUGAUGUACCUGGGCGAUGUGAUGGCCGCCACAUGUCUCAUGGUCCAAUGAGAGGUGGUGAUGGCAUUGGGCAGUUUGAUGGUCCACCUCACCCUCAGGGCCCUGGGAGGUUUGAUGGUCCUGUCAGUCAGCAACCUCCAGUGAGGUUUGAGGUACAAGGGCCCGGACCGGGCCACUUUGAAGGGCCUAUGCAGCGCUUUAAUAACAUGGCUCCUGGUCCUAGAUCUGGACCAAUGGGCUUCCAGCAGCAGCGGCCCAUGCGCUUCGAAGGGCCUCCAAACCAGAUGGGUGGAAUGAGGUUUGAGGGUCCUGGUCCAAUGCGCUUCGAUGGGCCCAUCCAGCCAGGACCCAGGUUUGACAUACCCAAUGUGCCCCAUCAGGGAGUACCCCCGCUCUAUGAGUCCGCCCCUGGACAGCAGGGCCCCUUGAGAUUUGCUCCGCAACACAACCUGCAGCCCCCCAUGAGGCCAAUGGCCCCACCCAUCUACGAAAAUCCCAUCGCCCCCCAGCAGAACUUCAACAUGGCCCCUCAGCGUUUCCCAGAGCCCAUUAACCCUCAGUUCCCUGCAGGGCCGAUGGCGUUCUCAACACAGCCAAACAUGCAGCAGGCAGGAAACUUCAACAUGCCCUUCAACCAACCAACCCCUGCCCCCUUCUACAACUCUGCUGCCCCUGCUGUUGGCUUGCAGCAGCCGGUAAACAUGAUGGUCAACCAGCCCUUCCUGCCUCAGAAUCCAGUGCCUUUCAGACAGCAGACUCCGCAAGUUGUUCCUGCUGAAAACCACUUUGGUCAGGUUGAUGUCAACGACCUGCUUUCCAAACUGAUCACGACUGGCAUCAUCAAACCCUCACAGCCCGACACCUCUGUGACCACCGGGACUGACACCUCUACCAUGGCUCCAGCAGCUCCACCUGUGGAGGAGGAAGAAGAGGAGGAGCAGGAGCCAGAGGUGGAGGAGGAAGAUGAUAUCCCAGAUCUCACCAGCUUCAAUAUUGAAGACAUGAAACAGCGUUAUGAGAGUGUGGUGACCAAGUUGUACUCAGGGAACCAGUGCUGUCUGUGCAGCAUGAGGUUCACCACCGCUCAGACCGACAUGUACGCUGACCACCUGGAUUGGCACUUCAGACAGAACCACGCCGGGAAGGUCGCCAGCAAGAAGGUCACACACCGCCGUUGGUACUACAGCCUCAGGGACUGGAUAGAGUUUGAGGAGAUUGCAGAUCUGGAGGAGCGAGCAAAGAGUCAGUUCUUUGAAAAGGAGAAUGAGGAAGAGGUUCAGAAGAACCAGGCAGCAGCGAAGGAGAAAGAGUUCCAGAGUGUGAAGGCCACCAAGGACCAAGUGGGAGAGUCGUGUGAAAUCUGUCAGGAGCCAUUUGAGACGUACUGGGUGGAGGAAGAGGAGGACUGGUUCCUGAAGAACGCCAUCAGGGUCGACGACAAGAACUUCCAUCCCUCCUGCUUUGAAGAUUAUAAAAAUACAUCGUCGUACAUCGACGUCACGCCAUCGCCAAACAAGGUGCUCACCGAUCAUCCGCUGAGCGCCUUCAUAAAGAAAGAAGAGGAGGAAGAGGAGGAGAACACUUCCUGUGCUGUUGCAGUCAAACAGGAAGUAGAGUCUGAGGCUGUUGAGGUUCCUGAUGUGAAAAAAGAGGAGGAGGAAGAGGAGAAGAAGGAGGUUUUAACAGACGAAGUGCAAUCAGAUCAAAGUAAACUGUAAUGCUGCUGCUGCCUCAACAUAACUUUUUCUUUGUUUUUUGGAAGAAAAGGUGUUUUUAGUGUGCGGAGGCCGAGUCCUCGGCUACAUAAACUUCAAUACAUUUUUGUAUUUGGAUUCUGAGUGACCAUUUCAGGUCUUCUGUUUCUCUGUGAAUCAAAACUGAACUGAAAUUGUUUAUUUAAAAAAGAAAAUGUUUUGUUUCCUUUUGGGUAAAAGAUGUAAAUAAUUUAAUUUAUAAAUUAAAGUAUUUUUUGGUAUCUCUGGUGUAACAGUGAUUGAAUCUAACAGCUGCCGUUUGCUGCUUGUUACAGUCUGUAAAUAAUUGAAUUAAUUGGUUUAUGAAUGAUGGGUAGUUGCAGGUGUUGACUUGUUUCUGGCUGCAUUAAAGGUAAGCAUCAUCUGAUUGGACGACUGAGGACUCCACCUGCUCUUCAGGAAGUGUUUCUGCGGAGGAUCAAAGUCGUCUUUUCCUUUUUUUUUUUCUUUUUUCUUUGGUCUCGAGUUAAUCUUCAAUAAAAGAGUAUGAAACUUG